UUAUCCUAACUAUUCCAUUUGCCGUUCAUAUCCGGGAUCAUUCAUUGAAAUACUUUUUGCUUUUGUUUCGGGGCCCAUAGUGUUCCUUUCUCUAUGAUCGCACACCAUACCUUGUGGCUACGGUAGUAAUCAUUUGCUGCAUCACGCGACAGGCUCAAGGGGUCGAUAUGACGGACGAAAACUUGGACACAGUCGAAUGACUCUAUUGAGGGCCCCUUAGACUCGCGAUCAUGGCGACGCCUCAGACUUCGCGUAUCCAGAAGAUAUGUACGCUAUGGACUCACCAAGAGGGCUUUUCGAAGGAGGAUGUCGUGUUCAAUGCAGACCGAUUUCAAGAGCUUGGACUUCUCCCCGAAUCAAUGGCGCAGAUAAUUCCUAUCAAGCAAGGCGGUGCUGUUAUGGGUUUCCAAAAUGAAACCUUUGGUUCAUUAAAAGACGAUGCGGGUAGGACCUCUGGGCAAACGAACAACUUGCAGAAGAAGCACGAUAGCUCCGAAUCCCGUCCUAUCACCCUCGAUGAAAAUGGGGUGCAGAUACCUGGUGGAAAGGCUGUAGAUGCUGAGAAAGCCUUUAUUUUCAUAACGAAAGAUGCAACACCGGACUUGAAGACCAAACACCCGGGCCUCCACAUCUCAGUUGCCGAAGGCGUCGCAGCAUCAUUUGGCUUGAAAAACCGAAUGCAAGUCGUGGUGUCAGCUGCCUGCUCUGAGAUUCACGCUGCGUCGCAUGUCGAGUUGACUUUCCGAGACCAGUAUCUGUCUCGAGCAGAUAUGUGGCAAAUGGCCAUCUCCGAGCUGAGCGGACACGCUAUCUAUCGGGACCAACGGAUCUUAUUCUUAGGCGCCAUCAAAGCGACGGUGAAGAACGUGUAUAUAGAUGGCCAGAAGCGCAAGUCGGCAUACUUUUCCCCAAGGACGAAAGCGAUUUUCCGAAGCGAGUCGGCUCGGUACAUCUUGUUCAUCCAGAUGUCCCGGGAGAUGUGGGAUUUUGACUCCGAGGGAUCUGGAGAGAUCAUGUUCAAUAAGGUCAUCAACGGCUUCUUGCCCGAGCUAUUCAAGCAUUGGAUGUCGAUGAACUCACACCAUCUCGUCAGCAUCAUCCUGUUUACCAGGCUGGAAUACGACGAUGGUGUGGAGACUACGGAUGAGCAACCACAACGGGUGAAGGACUUCUACCGUGUCGUCGUCAGCGAUAUGGCAAGUGCAGACUGGGUGAACAUUCUUUACCAACUCAAGAGGGAAUUCAAAACGUUCUUGAGGGACGUAUCUAUAACACCACAGGAUCCAAGAGGCAAUUCACCCGAAGGCCAGAGUAUCCUAGCCGACGGCAUUACAGCUCCUAGCUAUACCGUUGCAGGUACACCGACCAUGGCUGUGCGAGGCAAUGUUUUAGAGGCGAUCAAUCUUGCUUCAUCCCAGUUUUCGAAGGACUACAUAGAUCGAGACCUCAUCCGAACAGGGAUCUCAGUUGUGGUCAUAUCUGCAGGAACUGGCGUUUUCGAAGUGGACUAUCCCUUGCUGAAGCUCACAACCGAUACCUUGAUUGGUAGUGGGAUUGGGAUUGAUCUGGUCUGCCUUUCCCCGAUGCCGUUGCAUUCGGUACCCUUAUUCAAGUACCGGAAUCCCCGGGUUCGGGAGGACGUGAAGAGAAACUCGCAAUCUCCCUUCCCGAAACCGACGCCUCCCAACGAACCUAUUUUACAAGGUCUGACUCCUGUUGACAAAUCUGUACUUUCCCAAAGCUACAGUUCUGAACAACAGAUGGUCAAUGAUGCGGCAGUUGUCAGGAAGUUGCAAACUUUGAACGAACCAGUUCCUGGUGAAUGGAGCUAUGCCAUGCCUCACUGGGUCGACAUCUCAUUUUGGACAAGGCCGUCCGAUGAAGAAGCACUAUCGUUGGGCCUAAGCGAUCUAACUUCGUCAAAAUCCCGUUCCCGAACGUCGAAGGAACGAACUUUCCAGGUGAGAUGCCGCAUGUACGAGCUACAAAUGAUGGGAGUCAUGGAGAAUGAGAUGAGUAACAUCUCUAUUCCGUUGCUGCGCGAGCAUCCCUUGCAUCCCUCGCAUCGCAUCAUUGACCCUUCGAAAAGACGCCAUUCGGAACACGGACUUGUUGAUCGCACCGCCACAAUGGCCUUCAUGGACAAGCACGAUGAGGCCGUGUUUCAUCCGAUACCUUUAAAGCAUCGAGAAAGGUCUCCCAAAGCGCAAUCACAAAAGGCUGGGAGUGGUAUGCCAGAGUCCAACUCGACCUACGGAACAGAAGACAAAUCAGAUCCAAAGAAUCAGCAUGCUAUCGAGCCUACAAGGGCCCCUGCUGACUACCUCGAGUGGAACUUGAAGAAGAGACCUUCAGGUGCCACAACCUUCCCCCGCCGUAAACAGAGCGCCACAAGCCUGUUCUCCAAUGCAGAUUCCACUUCAAGUCGACCUCCAGCGACUAGAAAGAUAAGCUUCUUCGGUCCCAAUGCGGAGGUCCAAAAAGCGUCAGCCGUCACCGAAGUAUCCACCCCUGACUGGGAAAUACACAAAAAGAAUGCUGGACGGGGGAUGCCAUCCAACAAUACGCGUCCUUCCAAUACCAUGUCAUUCACACGGCAAAUUCUAGCUACGCUCACUCGCUCAAAUUCAAGCUUGUCUUCACAGCCACAGCCCCCAGGCGGAGGAACACCAGGCUCGCACUCCAAGAGUUCUUCCGGCGACCCGUCCCGCCCAUCGAAACCAAUUGACAUCAGCAGCUUGCCGAUACCAGAUCAGAGCAAAGGGUCAACACCUGUAGAGGACACUGGAUCAGCAGAGACGAUAAAAGCUACACAAAGUUCGAUUAAACUUGGCUCCACUCCGGAUAAUUCGAAGCCACAAGAGACGGGUGCCAUCUUGUCCGUAGCAUCGCGCAACCGCCGAUUCGAUCCAAGACACGAGGGUCCCCCAGGUAGCAUCGUCAACCCAAUACCGAAGGUCCUUUCCCCUGCGAGCGCGCUCUCGCCGUGGUUAGUGCUCGUCAACCCGUGCAACCCGAAGAACAAUGACAUUACGUUAGCCGGGCACUUUCGCCGGUGGCAGCACGUCUUUCCAAAACCGUUGCCUGCCUCCCAAAUCAAAUGGAAAUCGCUUUGCUCUCCAGCAGCUGUUCCGCUGACGAAUGACUUCUUCCCUUCCGCUGAGCAGUUAAAGGUGGAAUACCACGAGUCCCUCUACAGGAUCGCACCGAAUGUUGACUUCGAGCCAGAACCUGGGAAAACGAGAGAGUCACUAGUAAGAGAAUUGAUUGGUUGCCGGUUGUCCCAUGGAUUCCAACUUAUUAUCGGCCCUGCGGUGGCAGAAUUCCUCGGCACUCGAGAGCGGGAUCUGGUGAAUAUUUUCAGCAAGGAGUACAUGUCCAGAGAUGGAGCGACCGUCUUCAUGGCUGUAGGUAGUGCAAUCCAUCAACUUGUCUGUGUCGCGGGAGGGGAGGUUGAAGUACGGAGAUUCAAUAGAAAACCCGCGGCAGAAGUGGAUGGUGGUCAGAAACAGUUCAUCUAUGAAUCCUAUAUUCGAACAGCGUUCGCCGAGGAGUAUGAACCGCGCACGGCCAUCUUUUCGCACCCGAGGGCGGAGUACAAUUGGAACUACAUUGACAGCUUCUUGGCCGGAUACCACGACGAAUUCACGGAUGUGUUACGGUUUUGGCGCGCACGUUAUGUCCUCAUACCGGUUGAGCUACCCAAGAAUCGUCUAAUCCCAGAGUUAUCUGAGGAGGAAAUUCGGAUUGAGGGCAUCCAGAAAUUGACCCGGCUUUGGGAAAAGCAGCGGUUCAUCCCCCCAGAGGAGCGCCACUACCAAGCGCGGGCAAAGAAGAGCUAUAUUGAGGCCAAUCCACUUCAGAUUGAGUAUCAGACGCGUGAUCCAUCGGCUGUCGUCGCAUCUGGCCUUGAGAGCACUAUUCUGGCUGAGGGCGAGGGGGCAUUUCAAACCCAGCUGUUUUCGGACGACGAGCUAUACUCAACCAGAAAUAUCGACAUUCAGAAACUCGCGAUGGACCUUCAAGGUGAUGGAGGCAUCAGGAUGAUGGACAGAAGAUGGCAUUUGCGACUGCAUUACAACUGCUUUAUCGGAUUUGACUUGACGACAUGGAUCCUACACAAUUUCUCCGAUAUCAAAGUUCGACAAGAUGCGGAAAACCUUGGCAACGAACUCAUGGACCAGGGGUUGUUCCAACACGUACAGCGGAAACAUCGAUUCCGAGACGGAAACUUCUUCUAUCAGAUUGCAGACAAGUACAGACUGCCUCGUGAUAGGAGUUGGUUCAGUUCCCGGCGUGCUGGACCUUCAAUCCCUUCCACACCGAUGACCGACACCCCGAAACCCCGGCCUCAGUCCGUAGACCGUAGUCGGUCGCGAACCCUGUCGAACUCAUCAUCAGAUUCAGGAGCUAAGACGCCUACCAAAUCAACCCGACGAGUGAAGUUGAGCAAAGUCAUGCGAUAUGAUGUCGACCGACACAAGCGAUCCAACCGACCGGAGAUUAUCAACUUGCACUACGACCGUCUCCACAAUCCGGAGAACUGCUAUCAUAUCCGGAUCGAUUGGAUGAAUGUGACAGCGAAGCUCAUCGACGAAUCGCUACAUUACUGGGCAACAACCGCUGAGCGCCACGGCCUGAAGCUUGUUGAAGUGCCGAUUGCCGAAGCCUGUCGACUCAUAGAUGUCCACCCCUUCCGCGCUCCAUUUCUUAUCAAGCUCGCAGUACAACCUAGUCCUUCCAAAUCUAAACCACACCAAUACUUCGACGCUAGUUCUUUCUCUCCUCUUGUACCGACAGAUCUCUUCUAUUUGCACAAGGCGCUACUCAAACAUUUCAAUUUCGUGCUGGACAUGGAAUCAGCUUCUUCGUUUCCUCCCGACCUCCGAGUAGAGUUCUCCUGGGGCAACCCCGACUACCAAUACCCACAAUAUCUGCAUCGGUCCGGCGUCAUAUUCGCACAGAUUAACGACGACGGAGAGUUUCUCCUGGUCGCCAACCGGCUGGUUCACAACCGCGGCACAACCACCGAGCGGAGCAAAUUCGACAAACCCGAUCCACCUCACUCAUCCGUUCCUCAACCACGAAUGACUAGCAGCACUGGCGGGCUUCGCAAUACAUCGCCUACCGCAUCGCCUGUUGUACGCCCUGCAUCAGUCGCCGAAGGGAGCAUCACAACGCCCAGCCGCGCUUCCAUCGCACCUUUUAGCUUCGUCGCGGCAUCGCCGCUGGCCCCUUCCACCAAUCUCGCAUAUGGCCCUGCAAGAACUGGAACACCCACCGCGGAAACUAUCGCGCGGGAGCUAGGCACAUUUUGUGCCGAUGCCGUCGCCCUUCGGAAGUUCUUCGACGAGGAGGCGGCGCGUUUGUCGGAGUCGCGGAAUUUGGGGAUUGGCAGUCCGAGACCGACUCCAAAUCUCGGUCCAACGGGCCUUGUACCUGGAUCCACGGAUCUCAAUAUUCCGACUCUUGGGCUGCCGGAGAGCAUCACGAGAGGUGGGAUGGGUACGCCGGAGCCGGCUGCGGGGAGUGGGCGCAGUAGCCGAGUGAGUGGUAGGGAAAGCGCGGGAAGUGGGUAAAUCGCUACAGAGGGGGGGAUUAAAUGUACAUAUACGAGAAGGUGGGGCUGCAAGAUUCGCGUAUAGAACUGUUAUCAUUCUUUGCUGUGGUCCUGAUUCUCAAUGUGGCUGUUCGAUGAAGUAUGUUAUGCGUUGAAACCCUUGGUUGGCUAAGUCUUAGAGCCUAAGCCUGAUUAGGCCAAUGGUUGAACCAGAGUCCAACCCUCUUCAAUGUAAACAAGAAGGCUUCCCCUUCUUGUUC